AUGGUGGCGUCGGAGGUGCCCCCCGCGGGGAGGUCCGCUGCCCUCAGCGCCGCCGCUCCAGGGCUCCGGCUGCUGGCCCUGGCUCCUCGUCCCCGCUCGGGCCCCCGCCCAUGCCCGCCCAGCCCAGCCCGAGCGGUGCGCACAGCGCCCCCCCACCCCCCACCGCCGCCCCCGGCCCCGCUCUCCGCGCGCGGCCUCCGCCGAGGUGGAGCCGCGGAGGAGAGGAGCAAAGUUUGCGAACAAUACCGGGAAGCGAGCGGAGCCCCGGAGCCCUCGGCGCGCGGCCCGGCGCGGGCUGCAACUCAGGGCCGCCGCCGCAAACUUUGGCCUCUCGUGGGAGCGCGCGGCGGCGCGACCAGAGACGGCGGGAGGCGCGGGCGCACGGGGGCCCGCGGCUCGCAGCGGCUCCGCCCUCCCCGCGCCGGCCUCUGCCGGGCCAAGCCCGCAGCUGUUCCGAGGUCUGGUCCCAGGCUGAGAAGACUCGCAAAAAGGCAAAGAGGGAAAAAGCCGAGCGGUGACAGGCCCCGCCCCCGGGCCGCGCGCCCCGCCCCGCCGCUGCUUUGCAUGAGAAAGCGCAGCGCCGGGCUGCCCACUCCCGCCGUCCGCCGCCGGCCUCCAGCCCCGCGGCCCUGUCCGCCGCCCUCCUGUGCGUCUCGCCCGCCGCUCCUUCACUCUCUCCGCCAGCCUCCAACUUGGCCUGUCGGUGCUUCCCCGCCUGUGCCCCCUUUCCCUGGGAGCUCCCGGGAUCGUCCUCCGCAGCCCAAGGGCUCCGGGGUUAUUGGGGGUUAG